GGCCCCGCAGCCUCGGCCGGGCGUCGCACGGCGCUCGGCUCCCAGCGCGGCGGAGCGUACCCCGGCCGCCCGCUCCGCAUAAGGCCAGGGCUUUCCGACUUCAGCUACAGUGCUAGCUAAGUCGGGGAAGGCAACACGGAGCGAAGCCGCGCGUCCCCCGCCUCCUUUCGGCAUCGGGCUGUGGCAGCGGCUGAGCGGCCGGCAUGGCGCGGGGAGCGGAGCUGGCGGGCGAACGGCGGCCCUGCGGACCUGUGGUUGCCUAUUUUACCUCUGCAAAGUUUCUGCUUUAUCUCGGGCAUGCACUGUCCACUUGGGGUGAUCGUAUGUGGCAUUUUGCUGUCUCUGUGUUCCUGGUUGAACUUUAUGGAAACAGCUUACUCCUGACUGCAGUCUAUGGACUGGUUGUGGCAGGAUCGGUUCUUCUCCUGGGAGCCAUUAUUGGAGACUGGGUGGACAAGAACUCCAGGCUCAAAGUGGCCCAGACAUCCUUGGUUGUACAGAAUGCAUCUGUCAUCCUCUGUGGUGUUAUCCUGAUGAUUAUCUUCAUGUAUAAGACACAACUCUUGACCUUAUACCAUGGAUGGCUUCUUACGGUGUGCUAUAUCCUGGUUAUCACAAUAGCAAACAUUGCUAAUUUGGCCAGCACUGCCACAGCGAUCACAAUUCAGAGGGACUGGAUUGUUGUGGUUGCAGGGGAAGACAGAAGCAGACUGGCAGAUAUGAAUGCCACAAUAAGGAGGAUUGAUCAGUUGACCAAUAUCUUAGCCCCAAUGGCAGUUGGUCAGAUAAUGACAUUUGGCUCCCCAAUGAUUGGCUGUGGAUUCAUUUCUGGCUGGAACCUGAUGUCAAUGUGUGUGGAAUAUCUGCUGCUCUGGAAGGUUUAUCAGAAAACCCCUACUCUGGCUCUCAAAUCUGCCAGAGUUGAAGAAUCGGAGCUGAAACAGCUGAAUGCAAAGAAAGAAAGCGAUGUGAAACCCUCUGAAGGAGUGCAGCUAAUUGUUGAGAAAGAUGUAAGUGGCUUUGAGCCCCCGCAGGAGAAGGAAGUCGGCUGUGCUGCCCGGAUGGCUGAACCUUUCAUCACCUUCCGUGAUGGAUGGGUUGCGUACUACAACCAGCCAGUGUUCCUUGCAGGCAUGGGCCUUGCAUUUCUGUAUAUGACUGUUUUGGGCUUUGAUUGUAUCACUACAGGCUAUGCAUACACUCAGGGAUUGAGUGGCUCUGUGCUCAGCCUCCUGAUGGGUGCCUCAGCAGUCACUGGAAUCAUGGGAACAGUAGCAUUCACUUGGCUUCGUCGCAAGUGUGGCCUGAUCCGCACAGGCCUGAUUUCUGGAGUUGCCCAAUUUGCUUGUCUGGUCUUAUGUGCCAUCUCUGUAUUCAUGCCUGGAAGCCCUAUGGAUCUGACUGUUUCCCCAUUUGCUGACAUCAGUGCCAGGCUGUUCGAAAGCGAGCCAUUACCUACUAUAGCAUCUCCAGAAGAGGUGUUCGCAACUGGAAUGCCCAACUUGUUAAACGGGUCUACUACUCCUGCUAACAGCGACCCAGAGAUGAGUCCUGAGCCUGUGCCUUUAAUCUCUGUUAGUCUCCUGUUUGCAGGAGUCAUUGCUGCUAGAGUUGGCCUUUGGUCUUUUGAUUUGACUGUCACACAGUUGCUCCAAGAAAAUGUGGUGGAAUCUGAAAGAGGCAUCAUAAACGGUGUCCAAAACUCCAUGAAUUACCUUCUUGAUUUGCUGCACUUCAUCAUGGUCAUCUUGGCCCCAAAUCCUGAGGCUUUUGGUGUAUUGGUGCUUAUUUCUGUGUCUUUUGUUGCAAUGGGCCACAUCAUGUACUUCAGAUUUGCCCAAAAAAGCUUGGGAAAACAGCUUUUUGUUUGUCGCACUCCUGAUCGCAAAGAAGUUGCUGACAGUUCACCACCUGGUAAUACCUCUACUGUCUGAAAGGAUUUGCUUCUCUUACUAACUUGCUACGCAGAUACCAUGGUUAAACACAUGUACUGCCUCUUGUGACCCUGUCAGAGGUGUUUCUCUAGAGUUGAAUGCAUAAUUGAGCUAUUUGAGGAGCAAAAAUGCAUUUUACAGUGACCCUGUAAAAACAGUUCAUAUUUGGUAGAGGACAACCUAGUUGGGUCUUGACAGGGGCAGUUUCCAAGGAUCCCCACAGGUCACAUAUCUCAUAUUUGGUCACAAUACCAAUGCUGGAUCUCUGUUGCUGACCCCUCCAGUGAUACUGUUGAGUGGUCAUACAUAGUCAGUU